CUGGAAGGAAGCUAAUUGGAGCGAAUCGAUUAUAUACAAGAAGGGCAGUAGCACAGACUGUUCUAACCACAGGGGUAUUAGCCCAACGCCAGUUGUGACAAAAUUACUGUCUUCGAUUCUCGUUCGUCACUUCACUGUGGAACGGCGAUCUCGGAUUGGGGAAGAGCAGGCCGGUUUCCGCCCAGGACGUGGCUGUAUAGACCAUAUAUUCACUUUGCGGCAGGUGCUGGAGCAGGCCGACAAUAGCUGUGUUCCUCGAUUUCAAGGGUGCGUUCGAUUCAAUCGAUCGAUCGAUUCUGUUCGCCAUACUUGCGCAGAAAGGUAUUCCCACGAAAUAUGUCAACAUCCUACGUGCGCUAUACUCGAAUAAGACAGG